AUGGCAGGAAUCAUCGACUCAACUCUCAAAGCUCUUCACCUCAAAGACUCCACCGUUCCGCCUUCCGAUGAGGCAGUCUCUGAUCUUAAAGGCAAAUACUCUGCUGCCGGUCAACCCCAUGUCUUCAACUUCUACGACUCUCUCUCCAAUUCCGACAAACUUGCAUUUUUUAAUCAAUUGUCCGACAUAAACCCAGCACGCACCUCCGAACUCGCCGAAAAGGCCCUAAACCCCGCCAAAACUUCCAAUGACGAUGUAAAACCUGACUUCGAGCCUCUACCCACCCAAGCUCGUGCUUCGACAUUGGAUUCUUCUAAGGAUGAUCUAGGCAAGUGGUACAAUGAAGGCCUCGAAUUGAUUGCCAGCAAUAGAGUGGGCGUGAUCUUGAUGGCUGGAGGACAAGGGACCCGAUUAGGCUCCAGCGAUCCUAAGGGCUGCUAUGACAUCGGCCUCCCAUCGAGGAAGAGCCUUUUUCAAAUCCAAGCCGAGAGAAUAUCGAAAAUUCAAAGCCUAGCAGACAAAUACAAAGGCGUGAAGAAAGGUGUCAAAAUCGCACAGAUUCCAUGGUACAUCAUGACUUCCGGGCCUACAAGGAAACCAACAGAAGAAUACUUUGUAAAAAACGAUUACUUCGGAUUGGAGAAGAAUCAGGUCGUAUUCUUCGAACAAGGCGUGCUACCUUGUAUUUCCAAUGAUGGGAAGAUCAUUUUGGAGUCUAGGUCGAAGGUUGCAGUUGCACCCGAUGGCAACGGAGGUAUAUACGCCGCGCUGGAUAAAUCUGGUAUCCUUAAGGACCUCGAGACCCGGGGUAUCGAGCACGUACAUGCGUACUGCGUUGACAACUGCCUUGUCAAGGUCGCCGACCCAGUGUUUAUCGGCUUCAGUGCCCUCAAGGGCGUUUCGAUCGCCACCAAAGUUGUCAGGAAACGUAAUGCGAAGGAGUCAGUCGGACUUAUCCUCCUGAAGAAUGGGAAGCCUGACGUUGUCGAAUACUCCGAAAUCGAUACAGAGAUGACCGAAGAGUUGGACCCUGAGAAUAAAGAGCUGCUCAAGUUCCGAGCCGCAAAUAUUGUGAACCACUACUACUCCACUGAGUUCCUCAAUACGAUUCCAGAGUGGUCCAAUAACCUCCCACAUCACAUAGCACGAAAAAAGAUCCCCUACUUAGAUACUGAAACCGGGGAGCAGGUUAAGCCUGAGAAGCCAAACGGGAUCAAGCUCGAACAAUUCGUGUUUGACGUUUUCCCAUUGCUGGCUCUAGAUAAGUUUGCAUGUUUGGAGGUAGCUAGAGAGGAUGAGUUCUCACCACUAAAAAACGCAAGGGGUGCCGGCGAGGAUGACCCGGAUACUAGCAGGAGGGAUAUUAUGACCCAAGGAAAGAAGUGGGUCCAAGCCGCCGGUGCACAGGUCUUAAGUGAGGAUGCAGACAAAGAUGGAAUUGAAGUCUCUCCACUAUUGAGCUAUGGCGGGGAGGGUCUGGAGUUCUUGAGUGGUAAAACCAUCAAAGGGCCCGCAUUGAUCGUUCAGCCGGAUGAAGCCCAGGAGUGA